AUGGCGACUCUGGCGGCCAGCUCCUCCGUGUCCGACGACACCGACUCCGACUCCAACUCCGACUCCUCUCAGUGCAGCGAGGCAAGCACAUGGGAUUCUCAAGUGUUAAGCAGGCACGCUGAAUGUCUGGAGCUGGAGGAGUUGACUGCAAUAUCAGUCAAUCCCUGUCUGCUUCCAGCGCUCAAUCAGUUGCUUCUCGAGGCCUAUGCCAUUCUGCGUCCCAAGCCACUUGACUAUGACCAGCGCAACACAUUGGUUGAUGUCUUCAGGGAGAUGGUGAAUCGAAGAUUUGGUAGCAACAGUGGGCCUCCGGUUGUGGAACCAUUUGGAUCAUUCACGAUGGAUUUAUUUACUCCUCAUAGUGACCUGGACCUCUCUAUCAAUUUCAGUGCUAAUACUGAUGAGCGAUAUACUCGCAAGCAAAUGAUCUCUAUUAUCAGGAAAUUUUCCAAGGUUCUAUAUUCUCAUCAGAGGAGUGGAAUUUUCUGUGGGGUUUUACCUAUUGUAAGUGCUAGGGUGCCUAUACUGAAGGCUAUUGAUUGUGGUACAGGGAUCAAAUGUGAUAUUUCGGUUGAAAAUAAAGAUGGCAUGACAAGGUCAAUGAUCAUCAAAUUUGUUUCCUCACUUGAUGAAAGGUUUCAGAUACUAAGUUACUUGGUUAAGUUCUGGGCUAAGGUACAUGAUUUGAAUAGCCCAAGACAACUAACAAUGAGCUCCAUGUCAAUUAUUUCACUAGUUGCUUUUCAUCUUGCAGUGCAGACCCGGCAUCCUCCAAUAUUGCCUGCGUUCUCUGACUUGUUAAAAGAUGGGUUAGACUGCACAAGUGUUGAGAGGAACGCUUUACUGUUUAAGGGUUUUGGGAGUAAAAAUAAAGAAUCUGUGGCUGAACUGUUUGUAUCAUUGAUAAGCAAACUGUUAUCAGCAGAGAGUUUAUGGGAGCAUGGGCUGUGCGCCAGCAAUUUUGAAGCAUCAUGGAUCUCCAAGACCUGGAAGAAAGGAGCCGGCAAUUUAAGUGUUGAAGAUUUCUUGGACCCAUCGCAAAAUUUUGCAAGAUUUCAUGAGGGGAAAAUGGACUCAAUGAAGCUGAGGACCCUUUUAUUUGGGCGGCUUAGCCCAGAUGAAUUAGUCAGCAAACCUCGUUUGGAGCAUGUCAAGAGAAAAAGGAAGUGGGGACUGACCCCACAGGGAAGAUGUGUGUUCCAGAAGAGUGCACAGCAUGGUGGUAGUGCUACUAGCAGUGAUUCGUUACCCACUGCUAACAAGGUCUUGCCUCACGCGCUCCAUUAUCGAGUGGCCGGCCAACAGUCUAGCAUUCAUCAGUUUGUGCCCAUUAUUCGAUGGCCUCGAAUCAUUCCUUCUGGUUUUGGCUAUGGAUUAUCGCGUGGGAUUCCAUCUGUUGCUCCUCACCUUGGCAAGGGAAUACUGGGCAAGCCACCAAGUAAUAUACUUAAAUCAAUGGAGCUCAACUCAACUAGUGCACAUACAGCAAAAAGGGCGCUUCUGCCGACUCCACACCAGCAUACAUGUCAGCAGUCAUGUAGCGGAGCUUAUGGAGCCGAGCAGCUCCGGCACAAUGAUAAUGUCCGGUGA